AUGACAGCUUCAGACCCUCUCAGGGACUGCCAGGUGACGCUCAUCGGUGCUCUGACUGGACUGGGAAUUGCUGCCCUCGUUUUACUUGCCUUUGUCAUCAGCGUCUGUGUCCUUUGCUAUUUAUUUCUGUAUACAAAGCCUCAAAUGCUAGACACUGGCCUUAAACUUCAACACCUAGAGGCUUCUUCCACUCAAGAAGGCAACUCAAAUAGGAAAAUCAAAGCCCCCAAUUCAAAUGCAGCAUCAAAUUCAACGAAUGAAACAACCUAUGAAGCUAAUGAUAUAAAUCAAGAAAAAACAAUGGAUACAACACAAAUCAACAUUGCGUAUUAAAAAUCCUGUGUUGUAAAAGCUCACUGGAUGGAGCCAUAAAAAUAAAGAGUGCAUUUAAAAUACAGUUUGUAAUAAUACUUUUCAAAAAUUCGCCACUCACAAAGCAAAACACAGCUGCAUUUCUGAUCAUUCAAUAUUUUUAUUAAACACCCACUAAGGUUUUGACAGAUUUUCAUGUACAUAAGUUU